CGGCCGGGGAGGGUUCUGCCAAAGUGCCACGUUGGGCCCGGCGGCGGCGUGAGGACCGGCGGCUGCGUGAGAACCAGGCUCCAGGCGUUCGCGCCGUAACGCCCGGCCGUUGGGGCCGUUGGGAGGCGCGAGGCGAGUCGAGGCAGCCGGCCGGUCGGCGGCGGCCGCCGGCGGGAACGGGGCUGAGGCGGCGCAGCGGAGUCUGGGCGGCGGCACCGCGUCCCGCCCGAGGGCGGCUCUGGCUGAGGGCGGAGGGGCCGGGGAAGAGCCCGGGGCAGCGGCUGAGGCGGGACGGCGGCGGGGGCCACUGCCCCUAGAAGACCCAGCCGAGAUGCUGGCGGAAAACCUGGUAGAGGAGUUUGAGAUGAAGGAGGACGAGCCGUGGUAUGACCACCAGGACCUCCAGCAAGAUCUUCAGCUUGCUGCUGAGCUUGGGAAGACAUUACUGGAUCGGAACACAGAGUUGGAGGACUCUCUUCAGCAGAUGUAUACAACCAAUCAGGAGCAGUUACAGGAAAUUGAGUAUCUGACCAAGCAAGUGGAACUUCUACGGCAGAUGAACGAACAACACGCAAAGGUUUAUGAACAAUUAGACGUCACAGCAAGGGAACUGGAAGAAACAAAUCAAAAGCUAGUUGCUGACAGCAAGGCCUCACAGCAAAAGAUUCUGAGCCUGACUGAAACGAUUGAAUGCCUGCAAACCAACAUUGAUCACCUCCAGAGCCAAGUGGAGGAGCUGAAGUCAUCUGGCCGAGGGAGAAGGAGCCCGGGGAAGUGUGACCAGGAGAAACCGGCACCCAGCUUUGCAUGUCUGAAGGAGCUGUAUGACCUCCGCCAACACUUCGUGUAUGAUCAUGUGUUCGCUGAGAAGAUUACUUCUUGGCAAAGUCAGCCAAGCCCUGAUGAAGAGGAAAAUGAGCACUUGAAAAAAACGGUGACAAUGUUGCAGGCCCAACUGAGCCUGGAGCGGCAGAAGCGGGUGACUAUGGAGGAGGAAUAUGGGCUCGUGUUAAAGGAGAACAGUGAACUGGAGCAGCAGCUGGGGGCGACAGGUGCCUACCGAGCACGGGCGCUGGAACUAGAGGCCGAGGUGGCAGAGAUGCGACAGAUGUUGCAGUCAGAGCAUCCAUUUGUGAAUGGAGUUGAGAAGCUGGUGCCAGACUCUCUGUUUGUUCCUUUCAAAGAGCCCAGCCAGAGCCUGCUGGAAGAGAUGUUCCUGACUGUGCCGGAACCACAUAGAAAGCCUCUCAAGCGCAGCAGCAGUGAGACGAUCCUCAGCAGCUUGGCAGGGAGUGACAUCGUGAAGGGCCACGAGGAGACCUGCAUCAGGAGGGCCAAGGCUGUGAAACAGAGGGGCAUCUCCCUUCUGCACGAAGUGGACACGCAGUACAGCGCCCUGAAGGUGAAGUAUGAAGAGCUGCUGAAGAAGUGCCAACAGGAACAGGACUCCCUGUCACACAAGGCUGUGCAGACCUCCAGGGCUGCGGCCAAGGACCUGACUGGAGUGAACGCCCAGUCUGAGCCUGUUGCCAGCGGCUGGGAACUGGCCUCUGUCAACCCAGAGCCCGUCAGUUCCCCUACAACACCUCCAGAAUACAAAGCGUUGUUUAAGGAGAUCUUUAGUUGCAUCAAGAAAACUAAGCAGGAAAUAGAUGAACAGAGAACAAAAUACCGAUCACUCUCCUCUCAUUCUUAGUUGAACCUGUAGCCUCUACUACUAAUUUGCCUAUUGCCUAUCGCCUGUCACCUUUCUCUCCCAUUCAGACAAGUGUUUGUAGACUCUGAAGCCUAAUGUUGCUCACGAUGUUUGCCUCAUUGCUUUGCUUAUUUAGCAAAUGCAUACAACGAGGAAAGGAGGUGGCUACUGGUAUCAGUUCUCUGAUCCACUUCCAUUUAAGUUCCCCAGGAAAUCUCAUGACAAACUGGCCUCUGGCUGGCACGCUGAUUAGACUUCAGUUCCUGAAAAGGACCAGUGGAGGGAAGAGCUAUACUUCUGGAGAAGUAGGCCUGGAGUUACUACAGCAUGGGGGAAAAGGGUCGAGUUGGAACAAAGCUAAGGCAAUUCCUAUUGCUUCCUUACGCAACUUCUCAAAAUGAUGUAAAGUCAGAAGGCUGUCAAACUCCAAUAUCUUUGCAAACACUGUUUGAAUACUGUGAAUUCAUUACGAAGAAUGUUCGAGAGAAAGCAGGGGUCUAAUCCAAAAGAAAUGUCAUUAACCAAUACUCCAAGUCCUUGAGUUUUGUUAUAUCUGAACUAGUUGAACUGUGACUGACAGGUAAUCCUAAUAUAUCCAAAUUCAACUAAAUACCAAAUUGAGAUGGCAAAUUUUUGUUUGAUCCAAGUUAGCUUGUUAGCAUACACCCUAGAGGGCCUCUGCCCCUACAUUCUGAUGUUUUUACUCAAAGCUGUAGCCUUUAGGAUAGGUGAAUAUGUAAAUCUUUCAUCACUUUCUCAAAUUCAAACUAAAGGGGAAAGAUCAAACCCCUUCCCCUCCUACCUGUUUUCUGAGCUGGCUGACUUUCCAGCCACAAGCUGCUCUUGUGGAGUUCUUACCAUUCCUGUAAAUGUUUUGACUUGUUGCAGAAAUUCCUAUCUACUUUAUUAAGCAGUAUUGAUGUUCUGACUGUGGAAACAUACUUAUCCUCUCACUUGUAUACUUUUAAUUUAAAACUAUUUAAGAACUGAGGUUCCAAUUAUUGUAUAUAUUUUUCUAAAAACCAAAUAAAGCUACCUAUGAAAAUGA